AUGAGCUUCCUUUCCUCGCCCAUCUCCGCGCUUUUCAACAUCGCGAACCGAUGGCUUUACCGCCCCAUAAAGACACACUGGCCUUCUCCCUUCCCCACUCGAGCAGCAACACCCGAAUAUGUCGAUGGUGAAUACAUUUUAGACUUGCCGGACGGGGCAAGGCUGGCAUACCAGGUGCUGGGUUCCCAGCAUCUGAAUUCGGCGAUUCCUCUUGUACUCAUUUGUGGGAUGAGUUCCCUGAAAACUGAUUUCGUCCGCCUUACCGAGACGUUAGUUGAGACCCACACCGUACUCCUCUAUGACCAUCGCGGAAUGGGUGGCUCCAAACUGACAGAAGCUGGUGACGAGGACCUCAGUAUCGAGUUGAUGGCCCGGGAUUUGCUUCGACUCGUUUCACACCUGGGAUGGUCCAAGGUGGCCCUCAUCGGAUAUUCCAUGGGCGGUGUAAUCGCCCAGCAACUCCUCACCCUCCCAUUCCACUCCACCAACCCGACCUCCAUUCCCUUCACUGUCACGCAUGUUGUCUUGGCCUCGACGAGAAGCAAAGUCCACUCGGUUGGCCUGAAGCUCGGCCCUUCUUCUACAAAACCAUUGACUCCGGAAGAGAGAAUGGCACUUACAAGAAGAGUUGUUCACAGUCUUGUAGACCCGAAGUUUAUUGAAGAAGAUAAAGAGAGGUUCGAGAAACUCGUUCAGAGGUCUAUUGUUGCUCUACCGUACCGACCGAGUGCAGUUAUUGCAAAACAAGCUAUUGCCUUGCAGAAAUUCAAGUUCGACCACUUCCUCGGUCAACUUUCCCGUGACAUCCAAAUACUAGUACUCCACGGACAACUGGACCAAGUCAUUCCCCCGUACUGCGGGCAGGAAAUCCUCGAAUCCAUACCAUGGGCCAGGAAGAUCGAGGUGGGGGACAAAGAAGGCCAAGUACCUUCCCUCGAUUUUGGGCAUUAUUGGUUCGAGUACUUUGACGCCCGAGUCUGGCACGACGUUAUCCAUACGUUCUUAGAGACUUCGUCCUGA